UGUAGUUAACAUCAUAUUAUUUUAAAAAUAUUGAUGUAUAUUGAUAUAUUCAAUUGAAUAUUUAGAAAGAAUAUAACAAAUUGGCAAAAUGAUUGAUAUCAAAGCUGAGGAAAUUAAAAAAGAAACAGAAGUUCCGCUGAAAAGUGCAAAGCAGUUACAAAAAGAAGCAAAAAAGCAAGCAAAGUUGGAAAAGUUUAAGCAGAAACAGGAAAAGAAAGAAAGCGAUAAAAUUUCAAAAAUUAAGGAAAAAAAUGAGAAAAUAGAAAAAAAAAAAGAAUCUAAAGAAUUAGCUAUAUAUACAAUAAAUACACUUGAAGGAGAUAAGAAAGAUAUUACAUGUCCAAUGCCUGAUGCAUAUAGUCCAAAAUAUGUUGAAGCUGCAUGGUAUGCAUGGUGGGAAAAACAAGGUUUUUUUAAACCUGAAUAUAAAAAAAAAAACAUAUUAGAGCCAAAUCCUAAAGGAAAAUUUAUUAUGGUGAUUCCACCACCUAAUAUAACUGGGUUUCUUCAUCUUGGACAUGCUUUAACUAAUGCUGUAGAAGAUGCUAUUACAAGAUGGAAUCGUAUGAAAGGACUUACAACAUUAUGGAAUCCAGGUUGUGAUCAUGCAGGUAUUGCUACUCAGGUAGUAGUUGAAAAAAAACUUUGGAAAGAAGAACAAAAGACACGCCAUGAUAUAGGAAGAGAAAAUUUUAUAGAAAAAGUUUGGAAAUGGAAAGAAGAAAAAGGAAACAGAAUUUACCUGCAAUUAAGGAAAUUAGGUGGUUCAUUUGAUUGGGAUCGAGCCUGUUUUACAAUGGAUCCAAAAUUGUGCCGUGCUGUUUCAGAAGCAUUUAUAAGAUUGCAUGAUGAAAAUAUAAUAUAUAGAAGUAAUAGAUUAGUCAAUUGGUCCUGCACUUUAAAAAGUGCUAUUUCUGAUAUAGAAGUUGAUAAACUUGAAUUAACUGGUCGAACAUUACUUUCAAUUCCUGGAUAUCAAGAAAAAAUAGAAUUUGGAAUUUUAGUAUUAUUUGCUUAUGAAGUGAUAGAUUUUGAAAAAAAAAUAAUAGUUGCUACUACUCGCAUUGAAACAAUGCUUGGAGAUACAGCUAUUGCUGUUCACCCAAAAGAUAGUAGAUAUAUUGAUUUCAUUGGAAGAUAUGUACAACAUCCAUUUUGUGAUAGAAAGUUACCAAUUAUAGCUGAUGAAUUUGUAGAAAUGGAAUUUGGAACAGGUGCUGUAAAAAUUACACCAGCUCAUGAUCCUAAUGAUUACGAAGUUGGAAAGAGACAUAAUUUACCAUUUAUAACUAUUUUUGAUGACAUUGGAAAUGUUAUUGGAGAUUACGGACAAUUUACGGGUAUGAAACGAUUCCAUGUUCGAGCAGCUAUAAUAAAAGAAUUAAUUGCAAAAAAUUUGUUCAUUGAAAUUAAAGAGAAUCCUAUGGUCGUGCCGAUAUGUAGUCGAUCUAAGGAUGUUGUCGAACCAUUAAUAAAACCUCAAUGGUAUGUAAAAUGUAGCGAAAUGGCCUCAAAAGCAAAGGAUGCAGUAAAAUCCGGUGAAUUAAAAAUUAUUCCGUCUCGAUAUAAAAAAAUUUGGUAUCAUUGGAUGGAAAAUAUUACAGAUUGGUGUAUAUCUCGGCAAUUAUGGUGGGGUCAUCGUAUUCCUGCUUAUUACGUUAAAAUAAUUAAUCCUAAAACUAUAAAAGUCAAGCUAGAUGAUGAUUAUUGGGUAAGUGCGCAUUCAGAAAAUGAAGCUAAAAAAAAGGCUGCAAAACAAUUAGGUAUAUCUGCAGAUAAUAUUAUUGUUGAACAAGAUCCUGAUGUAUUAGAUACAUGGUUCUCUUCGGGUCUGUUUCCAUUUUCGAUAUUUGGAUGGCCAGAUAAAACAGAGGAAUUUGAAGCAUUUUAUCCUGGUACAUUAUUAGAAACUGGACAUGAUAUUUUAUUUUUCUGGGUAGCAAGAAUGGUCUUUUUAGGUCAAAAGUUAAUAGGAAAAUUACCAUUUAAAGAAGUUUAUUUACAUGCUAUGGUACGAGAUGCUCAUGGAAGAAAAAUGAGUAAAUCAUUAGGAAAUGUUAUAGAUCCUAUGGAUGUAAUUAAUGGAAUAUCAUUAGAAGAUCUUCAUAAACAAUUGAUGAAUUCAAAUUUGGAUCCAAAAGAAUUUAAAUAUGCUAUUGAAGGACAAAAACGUGAUUUUCCACAAGGGAUUCCCGAAUGUGGAACUGAUGCUUUAAGAUUUGCACUUUGCGCUUAUACGAUGCAAGGUCGCGAUAUUAAUCUUGACAUUCUUCGCGUGCAAGGAUAUCGAUUUUUCUGUAAUAAAAUAUGGAAUGCGACGAAAUUCGCUCUUAUGUAUUUAGAUUCUAAUUUUAAUGAUGAUGUUCAAUCGACAAAUGACAUUAUAGUAGGUGACAAUGAUUGGUAUCAAAAUACUUUAAGAGAAAAAUGUGUGCAAGAAGCAUUAAAUAAUUAUUUGGCAGAUUAUCCUUAUUUAGAUGGAUAUAAUCCUUCACAAAUUGAUACAAAAGUUUAUCAAACCUUUAUCACACUUGAUAAUGAUUUUACUAACUAUUCUCAUUUACAUCGUUGGUAUAAACAUAUGGCAUCUUAUAAUGAUCAAGAAAAAUCUAUGUUUCAUGCAGAGAAAGGUAAAAUAUUAUCUCAAUGUGGUUGUAAAAUACAUGAUCACAAUAAUAAAAAAAAACAGUUGCAUUGUGAAUCAAAUAUAGACUCUUGGAUGCUUUCUCGCGUAAGUUAUGCAAUAAAGACAUGUAACGAAGCAAUGACGCAAUACGAUUUUCCAACCGCCACUACUGCUUGCUAUAAUCUUUGGCUAUAUGAUUUAUGCGAUAUUUAUUUGGAGUAUUUGAAACCAGUAUUUCAAAGUGAUGACGUUGAAAGAAAAUAUGCAGCAAAAAAAACUUUAUUUAAAACAUUAGAUAUAGGAUUAAGACUAUUAAGUCCUUUUAUGCCAUUUAUAACAGAAGAACUUUAUCAACGUUUGCCUCAUAAAAAACAAUUUUAUCCUAGUAUUUGCGUUAGUCCAUAUCCAGAAGUUACAGAGUAUUCUUGGAGGAAUGAAGAAAUAGAAAAAGAUGUUGAUUUUGUCAAUAAAGUAAUAAAAAAUAUUCGAUCAACACGUGCAACAUAUAAUUUACCAAAUAAAAUCAAGACUGAAGCGUUCCUUGUAUGUAAUUCUAAUAGCUUAAAAGAAAAGCUUUUAGAAUAUCAAUUGUUGAUAGAAACUUUAUCUUAUUCUACACUUAAUACAAUAGAACCACCAACAGGAUGUGCUAUCAUUACUAUCACGGAUAAAAUUCAAGUUCAUCUAUUGCUAAAAGGUUUGAUCGAUUCAAAGAAGGAAAUAGAGAAACUUAGCAAAAAACAGGAGCAAUUAAUAGAUGUUAUUCAUAAAAUUAAGCAAGCAAUGGAAAUUCCUGAUUAUAAUGUUAAAGUACCGUUGGAUGUACAAAAUAGUAAUACAGAGAAGCUAACAAACAAUGAAGGAGAAUUGCAACGAAUCAUUGAUGCAUUGUCGGUAUUACGAGAAAUAUAAUACUGAAUUCUUAGAUUUUAGAAUUUCAUUUUCAUAUUAAUUUCUUAUUUAUUAAAUUAUACUUUAUUUCAUGA